AUGGAAACCAUCUCCGGGGAAAUGGGUUGGGAUGGAUUAGGCCACUCCUCUCUGGCAUCCGUGACGACAGGAAUAACCAACCUCACUUCCUCCCUCUUCUCCGACUUCACAUCCCUUAACAGUUCUCAUGGAGGGGCAGGUUCCUAUUACUGGAUUAUCCCCGAGAACACUUCAGCCACCACGCCCCACGCCUUACCCCAGCCCAGGGUGAGGGAUCUGGGCCUGGCCCAGGCGGAGAUAGGGGUCCUGGGCCUGGUGCUGGCCCUCACUACCCUGGGGAAUGGCUUUGUACUCUGGGUGCUGCUCCGCAGGAGGAAACACAACGCUCCCAUGCAUCUGUUCAUGGUCAACCUGUGUCUGGCUGACCUGGUGGUGGCGCUGUUCCAGGUGAGACUGACACCUCAGAGAUUAGAGUCAACUCCAGUUUUCUUGGGAUUGACCCCAGCCCUGUUUCGAUUGCUAGGCACCACAUGACUAUACAGUAAUCAACAUCAGUAGCCUAUGAGUGACCUAAAUCACAAUGACAUGCUGAAUGGAGAGUGUGGUAAAGCUAACAUGACCAUGAUUCUGUCCCUUCUAGUCUGUUUACUAAUGGAUUUGAGCGCAACAAUAUGAAUUAGUCAACUAUUCCUACACCUCUAAAUCAUUGUUACAGAUGUAGGAUCUUAAUUUAUUUUUGUUGCUGAGAAAUGCAAACUUGCAGUGUAUUUGAGUUUUAAAAAGGCUUCUAAAGUUUGUCAUUUCCACUUUGAAACGUUUGACUUGAUUUGCCAUAAAGAACAAUGUAGCAACCUCUACCAAAAUGUCCAUGAAUUAUAAUCCACAUAAUAAUUCACAUGUUCUGUUUCUGCAGGAUUAUUUUCCUGCUGUAGCAAACUGGCUCAAAUUAAGAUCCUACAUCUGUAUAUGACCCUGUCCUAAAUGACUAACACACAUUCACCUACUAGUUUAUGAUGGGCGCAGUUCUCAAAAUACAAUGGAAAUGGCGUGAGCAUUCAAAUAAAUGUUAUUAUUAUUAUUAUUAUUAUUCCAUUGCUAUGGGAGUCAGUCUACUCUGUUCCAAUGUCCACACUAGCAUGUAUUGAUUCAUGGAUUCUAAGUAGAAUGCUAGUAUCUAAUGUAGCCACGCUAAAUAUUCUCUUAUUUCCUGUUGAUCCCUCAGGUUUUUCCCCAGCUGGUGUGGGACAUCACAGAAAGGUUCCAGGGGCCAGAUUUUCUGUGUCGCUCAGUAAAGUACCUGCAGAUCGUAGGGAUGUUUGCGUCCUGCUAUAUGAUCGUAGCCAUGACGGUGGACCGGCAUUAUGCCAUCUGCUGCCCACUGCAGGCCUAUCGUGGUGGGUCCGUGUCGCGCUGGAACACCCCUAUUAUGACGGCCUGGGGCCUGGCCUUACUGCUCUCUAUACCACAGGUAGGAACACUAUCACUGACCCCUGACCCCCUGGCCCUGCUGCUCUCCAUACCAGAGGCAGGUAGGAACACUGAGCUUAAGCUUGAACCUAAGCCUUAACCUUAACUCCAUCCUGCCUGGCCCUGCUGCUCUCCUUACCACAGGUAGGUACUGAGGGGACACUUACCCUAACCUUAGUGUUAUGUCCGCAUCUCAGCUAAACCCAAACCCUCAACCUAGCUUCAUGUCCACAUCCCAGCUCAAACCUAACCAGUGGAAGUUCGUGCUGUUCAAGAUUAGGGAGGACAAUUUUUACGUUUGAUUAGCAUGGCUUUAUUUCUAUUACAGCAUAUUGGAUGACCGUCAUUCAUAUUCCAUUCACCCAGUUCAAUGUAACAUCGGUAGGUUUAGGCUACUACAUGAUACUCAAAUUUACCCUAUACUCAUUAUGAGGUUGCUAGAACCUAGCCUAUGAAUGAACAUUCAUUACGUAAGUAAACAGGUUGAGAGACAAAUUGGAGAAAUCAAGGUGACAGAAAGUAACACAAUCAAUUGUCAUAAACCGUCGUGGAUGUGGUGGAGGAGUCAAGCGCAGAAAGCAGAGGUUUAGUCCAACAAGACUUUUAAUAGUCUCAAAUGCAAGAUAACAAACCCCGACCUCGAUAACACGAAGUGGCGAGGGAAAAUUACGCACACGCGUAAAACACUAAACAUGGAAAAAUGACACGGAAAACAAACACGUAUCAUAUACAAAGUGGCAACGGAAAAACAAUACACAAAUACCCUAGAUUACAACAUGGAACUUAGAAGACACGUAAUCAACUCACAAACAGACACAGGUGUGACAGACAGACAAAAGCAAUCAAACUCAGAAACAUAGAGCGGUGGCAGCUAGUACUCCGGGGACGGCGAACGCCGAAGCCUGCCCGAACCAGGAGGAGGAGCAGCCUCGGCCGAAACCGUGACAUCAAUACCCCCUUGCCUGCAUCUAGCUGAUCUGGGGUGCAAUCAUUGGUCCAAACAGUUGCAAAACGUUCCUUUCUAUUGGACAAAUUUAAGUAGGUCCCUCCCCGUUUCGUUUAGUUUGCUUUCGUUCAAGAAAUGUUUUGCAACAGAAUCGGUGUAAUAAAUACACCCCUGACCUGUGACCAGGUGCAAAAUCUUCUCCAGGCCAAACCUUCAUACCAUAACCACUAGCCGCUACACAGCCUACAUCAUUGUCACCAUAGUAACAUUAUAGUCAACAAACUAGAACUAACGCGUUAGUAAACCCACAAUCCAAUCCAUGUGUACAAUCACGGCAAGCAGUUUAGCAGUUACACCGGCGGGCCCCGGAGGCAAUGAAUUAAUAAAACCGAACGCUUACCUUGACUUGGAAAAGUUGCAGUCUUGGAUAGCCCUAGCCAGCUAGCUAACGUAAAUAGCAUUCCUCUCUGUUUGAGUCAGGUUUUAUUUAUACAUUUUGUAUUUUACCCUUAUUUUACCAAAAUAGAUAGUAAACAAAAGUGAAAUAAACAAUAAAUAUUAACAGUAAACAUUACAAUCAGAAGUUCCAAAAGAAUAAAGACAUUUCAAAUGUCAUACUAUGGCUAUAGUUGAAGUCAGAAGUUUACAUACACUUAGGUUGGAGUCAUUAAAACCACUGCACAAAUUUCUUGUUAACAAACUAUAGUUUUGGCAAGUCAGUUGCAUGACACAAGUAAUUUUUCCAACAUUUGUUUACAGACAGAUUAUUUCACUUAUAAUUCACUGUAUCACAAUUCCAGUGGGUCAGAAGUUUACAUACACAAAGUUGACUGUGCCUUUAAACAGCAUGGAAAAUUCCAGAAAAUGAUAUCAUGUCUUUAGAAGCUUCUGAUAGGCUAAUUGACAUCAUUUGAGUCAAUUGGAGGUGUACCUGUGGAUGUAUUUCAAGGCCUACCUUCAAACUCAGUGCCUCUUUGCUUGACAUCAUGGGAAAAUCAAAAGAUAUCAGCCAAGACCUCAGAAAAAACAUUGUAGACCUCCACAAGUCUGGUUUAUCCUUGGGAGCAAUUUCCAAACGCCUGUACAAACAAUAGUACGCAAGUAUGAACACCAUGGGACCACGCAGCCGUCAUACCGUUCAGGAAGGAGACGCGUUCUGUCUCCUAGAGAUGAACGUACUUUGGUGUGUAAAGUGCAAAUCAAUCCCAGAACAACAGUAAAGGACCUUGUGAAGAUGCUGGAGGAAACAGGUACAAAAGUAUCUAUAUCCCCAGUAAAAUGAGUCCUAUAUCGACAUAACCUGAAAGGCCGCUCAGCAAGGAAGAAGCCACUGCUCCAAAACCGCCAUAAAAAAGACAGGCUACGGUUUGUAACUGCACAUGUGGACAAAGAUCGUACUUUUUGGAGAAAUGUCCUCUGGUCUGAUUAAACAAAAAUAGAACUGUUUGGCCAUAAUGACCAUUGUUAUGUUUGAAGGCGGACUUGCAAGCCGAAGAACACCAUCCCAAUCGUGAAGCACGGGGGUGGCAGCAUCAUGCUGUGGGGGUGCUUUGCUGCAGGAGGGACUGGUGCACUUCAAAAAUAGAUGGCAUCAUGAGGAAGGAAAAUUAUGUGGAUAUAUUGAAGCAACAUCUCAAGACAUCAGUCAGGAAGUUAAAGCUUGGUCGCAAAUGGGUCUUCCAAAUGGACAAUGACCCCAAGCAUACUUCCAAAGUUGUGGCAAAAUGGCUUAAGGACAACAAAGUCAAGGUAUUGGAGUGGCCAUCACAAAGCCCUGACCUCAAUCCUAUAGAUCAUUUGUGGGAAGAACUGAAAAAAGAAUGUGCGAGCAACGAGGCCUACUAGCCUGACCCAGUUACACCAGCUCUGUCAGGAGGAAUGGGCCAAAAUUCACCCAAUUUAUUGUGGGAAGCUUGUGGAAGGCUAUCCAAAACGUUUGACCCAAGUUAAACAAUUUAAAGGCAAUAAACUUCUGACCCACUGGGAAUGUGAUGAAAGAAAUAAAAGCUGAAAUUAAUCAUUCUCUCUACUAUUAUUGUGACAUUUCACAUUCUUUAAAUAAAGUAGUGAUCCUAACUGACCUAAGACAGGGAAUUUUUACUAGGAUUAAAUGUCAGGAAUUGUGAAAAACUGAGUUUAAUUGUAUUUGGCUAAGGUGUAUGUAAACUUCCGACUCAACUGUAUAUACAGUGUUAUAACAAUGUGCAAAUAGUUAAAGUACAAAUGGGAAAAUAAAUCAACAUAAAUAUGGGUUGUAUUUACAAUGAUGUUUGUUCUUCACUGGUUGCCCUUUUCUUGUGGCAACAGGUCACAAAUAUUGCUGCUGUGAUGGCACACUGUGGUUUUUCACCCAGUAGAUAAGGGAGUUUAUCAAAAUUGGGUUUGUUUUUCGAAUUCUUUGUGAAUCUCUGUAAUCUGAGGGAAAUAUGUGUCUCUAAUAUGGUCAUACAUUUGGCAGAAGGUUAGGAAGUGCAGCUCAGUUUCCACCUCAUUUUGUGGGCAGUGUGCACAUAGCCUGUCUUCUCUUGAGAGCCAGGUCUGCCUACGGCGGCCUUUCUCUCUCUCUCUCUCUCUCUCUCUCUCUCUCUCUCUCUCUCUCUCUCUCGCUCUCUCUCUCAUACUGCAAGAAACGUCGCUCAACCCUAACCCUAGCCUCAAACACAACCAUAACAUGACAGCCUCUGCCGACUUACCGUUGACUUGAGCUUUCACCCAACCAUUUACAUAUGUUCUGCCCUCAGAACAAUAUAAAGGUAGGGACACUGGCCCCGCUGAUCAGUAUAGGCUACCUCAAGUGUGAACCAGGGACAGCUAGAUGACAUGCUGGCUCAGGAAAUGAAGUCUCAAUGGGACACUCCUGCCCUGACCCCAGGGCCUGCAGUCAAAUGUAAGAUGUUCCCUUUUUAGGCGUAUUUUUAGUAUCAUGAGAUCAGUGGAAGUUUCCUAGACAGUGUGGUCUCCUGUUCUGUUAGUUGUGAAGGAAAUGUAUGUUUGUUUUUGUUUUGACUCCCUCACCCCUCACCUCCCAAAAUUCCCCACCCUCUCCCUCCUCCUUCCUCCAACCUUCCCCUCUCCCCAGUUGUUCAUCUUCUCGCGGUCUGAGGUGUCUCCAGGAGAGUUUGAGUGCUGGGCUCACUUCGCUGAGCCGUGGGGGCUCAAGGCCUACAUCACCUGGAUGACUCUAGCAGUGUUCUUACUGCCAGCACUAAUCAUCACCGUCUGCCAGGUACUGUCUACUACUGAAACAGACACACACACACAUGCACGCACGCACACACACACACACACAGCCAGCCUUAAUGAUCACUGUCUGCCGGGUAUGACAACAAGGACACAACACAGUGUGACCACAGAACAAAAAUAUAAUAUAAUAGAAAUGUAUCCUUUUUCUACAUUGACAGUCACAGCGUUAACCGCGGUGCAAUGCCCUUGGAGGGUGCCUGGGAUCAGAGACCAGCUGCCCUCCGUUUACCAGUUCAGUUCCCAUUUCAUUAUCCUUAAAGCUCAGGUCAAAAGUAGUGCGCUAUAUAGGGAAUAGGGUGCAAUUUGGGAUUCACACCGUAUCUCUAACUUAUAGGCUACCUGCCACCCCCGAGAACAUACAAUACACAGAAUUCAAAAACUGAAGCAUGUCAAGCAUUAACGAUUUUGCAUUAAUGAAAUGUGCUGUGUUUUGAUGGAGCGGUAUUUGUCAGGUACUGUUGAAUAAGCUGCAGGGCGUCAGUUCUAUCAGAUCAGGGACAGGCUGGUGGGGUAGGUGGGGUGGCUGUACUGGCUGGUGUUGUGUAGCGUCCCGUGGGGGAUAGAGACAUUCUGGGCUGCCUCCCUCUGGUCCAGUCAGACUCAGAGAGAGAUCUAGCUGCUCUAUUUAAGGAAAGAUAUUUCCAGGGUCCGGCUAUUUUCUGUUUCCCCUGGCCUAAUUAAUACAGCCCACUGUUGACCCACUGCUGGGUGGCUGGCCUGUCAGAACACCACCCACUGUGAGAGACCCAGCGAGGAACCAGAAUAACAGCCAAAUGAACUUGAUCCAAGCCAAAGAUUAGGGACAUUGAAUUAAUUUGUGUUUCAUAUUAAGUGUAGAACUGGGUUCAAAUACUAUUUGAAAGUGUGUGAUUUAUCCUGCUUGGAGUUCCCCCGAUUGGCGAGUUUGCAGUUUUGGGACUAUUCUAUUGGUUCCAUUGUGCCAGGCAAGCUCAGUCAAGCACAGCUUAAGAGUCUGAAAUGAUUUGAAGUUGUGUUUGAACCCAGAUCUGAUCAAGUGACAUCCUUGCUAACAUGGUUUGGCAAGACAUUAUUCUAAGACCCAGUUUCUCAUGACCUGCUGGGGUCAUGUGCUUUUUCAGGAAACAGAAUCUAGGACUUUUAAUUGAGUUAGAAAGGACUAUAAGUCUGUGUUUGGAUAAGUCUGUGUUUGGUAUUUGUGUUGGGAUGAUUGGGUUUAGGAAUCGGUUCCAAAAUACUUCUCUGUGUGCACUCUUUUACUGUCUAGGUACAUUUGUUCUAUUAGUAUCUACAGGUAACUGCCAAAAUAAAGGAAACACCAACAUUACAUUUACAUUUUAGUCAUUUAGCAGACGCUCUUAUCCAGAGCGACUUACAGUUAGUGAGUGCAUACAUUAUUUUUAUUAGUUAGUGAGUGCAUACAUUAUUUAUUUUUCAUACUGGCCCCCCGUGGGAAUCGAACCCACAACCCUGGUGUUGCAAACGCCAUGCUCUACCAACUGAGCUACAUCCCUGCCGGCCAUUCCCUCCCCUACCCUGGACGACGCUGGGCCAAUUGUGCGCCGGUGAAAUCUCUUCAGAUUACCUCAAGAAAUUGACAACUAGAAUGCCAAAGGUCUGCAAGGCUGUAAUUGCUGCAAAUGGAGGAUUCUUUGACGAAAGCAAAGUUUGAAGGACACAAUUAUUAUUUCUUUUAAAAAUCAUUAUUUCUAACCUUGUCAAUGACUACAUUUCCUAUGCAUUUUGCUAUAUUUCCUAUUCAAACUCAUUCCAUGUAUGUUUUCAUGGAAAACAAGGACGUUUCUAAGUGACCCCAAACUUUUGAACGGUAGUGUAUAUUCCUGGGUACAGUUGCCCCAUUUUUUUCUCCCAUUGCUUCUGUCAUUCAACCCAACCUGAGUGCAACAAAAAGUUCAUUUACUUCCUCUCUUGUCUUUCCUUCCCCUCUUCUCACCCCCUUUCUUUGUCUAUGUCUCCAAUGUGCUGCAGUGAGUCUCAGGCUUCAUCCCAAAUUGCACCCUAUUCCCUAUUUCGUGCACCAGUUUAGACCAGGGCACAUAGAGUUCUGCUCAAAAUUAGGGCCCUAGUCAAAAGGAGUGGACUAUGUAGGGGAAAAGGGUGCCAUUUAGGAUGAACCUGUCUCCAAUGUGCUAUAGUGAGUCAGUCUCACAGUCUGAAUAGCAAACAGACAACAGGCUGAGAUUUUCCCAGGGAGGAGAGAGAAGAGAAGCUCCAGGGAAGACUUCAAUUGACUUGAGUCAUGUUGCAUUAUGUCAAGCAACUCUCUGUCAGUGUGUAACGGGAUGCAAAACUAAUAACUAUAUAUUUUUUCAAUAGCCCAGCGAAAACAACAAUAUAUUGUUACCAUUCCCAGGAUGUUUGGCAAGGUGGGGGGUUAUGUCCCCCUUGGGAAGCUGGAUCAUUUUGUCUUUUUAAAACACCUGUAACAGCCAUUUUCUGCAAUCAAGAACCUAUGAUACAACUAUAGAGAUCCUAUAUAUUAUUCUAUUGGUUCUAUAUGUAAUUCUAUGGAUAGAACUAAAGAAUACGGGUAGUAAAUUGUUCUCACCUGUACUGUAGUUCGCACCAGGCUACUACAUACAGUAGCAUGACCUGCAUACAUUUUACAUUUACAUUUUAGUCAUUUAGCAGACGCUCUUAUCCAGAGCAACUUACAGUUAGUGAGUGCAUACAUUAUUUUUCAUACUGGCCCCCCUUGGGGAUUGAACCCACAACCCUGGCGUUGCAAACGCCAUGCUCUACCAACUGAGCUACACCCCUGCCGGCCAUUCCCUCCCCUACCCUGGACGACGCUGGGCCAAUUGUGCGCCGCCCCAUGGGUCUCCCGGUCGCGGCCGGCUACGACAGAGCCUGGAUAACAUAAAGUGUCUUUAGGGCAUUGGUCCACCACGAGCCGCCAGAACAGCUUCAAUAGACCUUGGCAUAGAUUCUAUAAGUGUCUGGAACUCUAUUGGAGGGAUGCGACACCAUUCUGCCACACGAAAUCCCGUCAUUUGGUGUUUUGUUGAUGGUAGUGAGAAACGCUGUCUCAAGCGCCGCUCCAGAAUCUCCCAUAAGUGUUCAAUUGGGUUGAGAUCUGGUGACUGAGACACACACACACCCUUUAAACCCCCUAUGAUCCUUUGAGAUCCUUCUUUCAAAGUCACUGAGAUCUCUUCUUCUAGCCAUGGUAGCCAAAAUAAUGGGCAACUGGGCAUUUUUAUACAUAAUGGACCCUACGCAUAAUGGAAUGUUAAUUGCUUAAUUAACUGAGGAACCACAUCUGUGUGGAAGUACCUGCUUUCAAUAUAAUUUGUAUCCCUCGUUUACUCAAGUGUUUCCUUUAUUUUGGCAGUUACCUGUAUGUUUCUAUUAGUUUUAUGUAUUUUGCUCUUUUAGUAUCUAGCUGCAUACUUCAGACAUAUUCAGACUCAUUAAGACACAUUAAUUCAUUCAUUCAUUCGUUUAUUCAUCUAUUUCUUUCUCAUUCCAGAUCCGGAUAUUCAGAGAGAUUCACAACAAUAUCUAUCUGAAGUCAGAGAGGAUGGUGUCAGCAGAGCUAAAGAAGAACAAUGCUGUCAUCUUCCACUUCCACAGAGUCAAAAAGGAGGACGACAGAGCGACCAGGGAGUGGGGGAGAGAGGGAUGCAGAGGGGGGAGAGGAGCAGGAGUAGGAGGGGGACAGCUUCUAAAGACUAUGAACAACAACCCCUCCAGCUCUCUCUGUACCCCUCUCUCACCGCUCUCCCCCCAGUCUACAGCUGUUGUACCCCCAGAGUGCUAUGCCAACCUGUCCCCCUCUCCACAGUACAGCAGCUGUCACAACAACCACACAGCACCAACACAGCAAAGCCCCUUCAAUACCCCAGAUAACCUAACCCUCCACUCCAACCCUGGCCUCAGUGACCAAAGGGGCUCCAGUACAGCUGUAGUUCCCCCAUCAUGUGACACAUGCUCACAUGGAUCCCAUGGCCCAGUCACCUCUGGUGGUUGUGGUGGUGGUUCAUUGCCUCCUAACAAUGGUGGCUGUUACUGUCAUGAGUCCUACACAUCCUUUGAGCUCCCCUCCUCCCACCGAUGUGUCUCCUCUCCACGCCCCUCCCUGGAGUACCCUCCCCCACCCCCCCGGGCCCAAACGCCCCCAUCCAUCUCCAAGGCCAUGUCUAAGACGGUGAGGAUGACUCUGGUGAUAGUGUUGGUCUACACAGUCUGCUGGUCCCCCUUCUUCAUCGUUCAGCUGUGGGCCGCCUGGGACCCCAACCCUCCAGACCAAGGUUAG